AUGGGUGACAAAGAUAUUGCCAAGACACAAACAAGUUCUGACUCAGACUUUCAAUCAGUUCAUAGUUUUAAGGAAAAGGACCGAACCACAAAUUUGAGCCUAUUGGACCAUUUUACAAAAAUCUUUUUAUAUUGCAGGAGAGCCAUGAUUAUUGAAGACAAAGGAGAAUUCAGUGUUCCGAGUUGUUAUGGAAAUAUUAAAACUGAUAAUGGUGGCUCUAGCCUUACUUUUGAGCAUCCUUUAGAUGAUGUGAAUGUCGUUGAUUUGAAAUGGAUCCAUGAUUUUGUAUUAAAGUCUCUGGAACUUUUAUAUCAAGUGGAGAAAUGGGAAACAUUAGUAUCACUUGCCAUUCGGUUCAAUGCAGUUUCACAUGAGAGAUAUACAGAACAAGUGACACCACUACUGGUGUAUGCUCAGCGCCAGCUUCUUCUAAGAAUACAGACAUUCAAGGGCCCAGAUACUACCCAACAACCUUGUGGAAGGUAUGAGGCUGAAACUGAAGAGAAGAUAACCUGCCGAAAUUUCAUUGGGAAGCAGCUCAUGAUUAAUCCUCCAACCAGUAAAGUGACAAGUACCGGAAGCUUGACAGAUAUUCUAAAAAAGCUUAUCAAUUCAGAAUAUAGCCAUGCCAAAGAGCUUGUCUGCGUGCCUGUGGAUGUGACAGACACUUUGAAAUGUUUCAGAGAGACCUUGGAAAAAUCCAAAUACCACAACAGAUCAAUCCGGCACAGCCGAAAGUUGCUCUCAUUAUUUCUUGCACAGGUGCAAGAUGUUCUCCAAGCCAGCAAUCAAAGUAGUCUGAAGGUCCAGGCACUGCAUGAACUUGGAAGUCUUCUCAUCUUCGCGGAAAAGAAAAGGGCUGCCUUCAAGUGUUGGUGUCAGGCUCUUGAUGACAUUUUCAGGAAACCCGAUGCGCUCCAUACAUGGAAGGAGCUGGGCCUGUCGCUCUCUAAUACAAGUGACAGCUUCUCACCUCCAGGUUUUAAAGACUACAGUGAAGAAUUUCUGUCAAAAGUUGGCAUCUGGGGAUGUUUGCAAGGAGCAGUCAUAUCAGCAAAGAUCGCCCAGUGAGUGUGAUGGAGGAACAAUAUGCGCAAGACCAUAUUUCUCUUUAUUUCACAUUUUAUUAUUUUUCAGGGUUUGCUGAGAACAACCCUCCCACAUCCUAAAGCUGAACGAUGUUAUGCUCAAUAUGAAAUCACUCAACUUCUUCCAGGCAUUGAGCUCUUCUCAGAUAGAUACAGGGCUGAUAUUUGCUCUGUAGUUGCAAGUCUUUAUUAUGUUAUACGGGAACUGCACUUUGCUAAGCAAAACCUAAUAGUAGAAGUACUCAUAGAUUUAGGAUUCUUUUCUGAAGCCUUUUAUGAGAUGUCCCAGAUUUUACAUUGGAAAACCAUGCCUCCCACAGUAUCUACUGGAAGUAAAGCUACUGGAAAAACAAAGAUAUUUCAGUCAUUCAACUCAGGAAAACCUCUUACUAGCAAAGAAAACUUACAGUCAAUUUUAUUAACGGAAGCAGAAGAAAAGCUAACCUUCCUUAUAUCAGAGAUGGGGUGUGAAGGCCACAAAGACCUCUCUCAGUGUCCUGCUGGCGACUUGGAGGUUGUUGCGGAGGCCAGGCUUCUGAUGGCUGCAGUUGCUCUGCAGAAACACCGGACAGCAUACAGUGCUGCGAUAGUGUUUUCCACGCUCAAACUUCUCCAGGAUUCAAAACUUUUUAAAAAGAAGGUAGUGCAAGAUGACACAGAGAGCUCCAUUCCUUCAGGAACUUGUACCACUGACAAUAAAGAUGAUAAUGAGUUUUUGGAUCCUAUUUCCCUAAAUUCCCGAGAAUAUUUCAACAUUCAUCUGUGGUUGAGGUGCCGCCUAGCAUUGGUGACUGCGUUUGUCUCGCAAGUUCGUGGCAUCGGAAUAGUGAAAGAAAAUGAUAUGACAGAUUGUGUGAGCCUAAUCAAUGAAGUGUGUGUGGAGGCACAGAAUGCGGGUGACACGGAGCUCCAGGCUGAAUUCUUGAUGCAAGCUGUAAUCCUUGGCCUGCAAGAAAAGCAUUUAAAGGCAGACAUCAUCACGAAACUUCAGAAUAUAAUACAUUUGCUUGAAGGAAAUCAGUUUAUUUCUCCUCGAUCUCAUUUAACCCUGGUGAGAAGCUUACUUUUGCUGGAUGAUUUAACGAAAGCUGAGAAAUUCAAGGAAUCUUCCCCUUCCAAACCAGAUCUUCUAAAUCUGUUGACUCAGUCUCACAACAUUCUUAUUGAGCAGAUGCUAGCUUUUGGAGAAACAAUUGAAUUUCCAGUGUCAAGCACUGAAUAUGCAAAUCCAAUACAGCCUCUGAAAAAUAUCUAUCUUCCUCAUGUCCUGUUAUUGGCCAAAAUAAAAAUGAGAAUUGGACAUACUAUGGCCAAGCAAAUACAUUACACCAAUAAAAAGAAGGACCCUUUAAAAUGGUCACCUGCUUUUCAUCUCUUUGAAAUGGCAUUGAAGCUUUGUAAGACAUCAGCAAUGGAAGAACAUGAGGUAGAAGCUGAAAUUCUUUUUCAGAAAGGCAAAAUAGAACGUCAGAUAUUGACAGACCAGAAAUCUCCACAUUUCCAACUUGAGAGUUUAUUUGAAGCUAUACAACUAAGCCUGAGAAAUGAUCAAAACUCAGGGUUGAUAAGAGACUCCUACCUAGAAAUUGCCCUAUUAUAUUUUCAUCUGAGAAGGCCAAAGAGCAGACUUUCAACAUCACCAUUAACAUUUAAGUCUUUUUCCAGAAGACAGAGUUCUAUUAAAGAGCCAGCAAUAAGUACAUUUGAAAUGUACAGUUCACUGGCCUGGAUUGCAAUAAGAGCUGCUGCACAGGUCAGUGAAGCUGUGCUGGCAAUUAAUCUGCUUAUUGGAAAGAAGAAUUGUAGAAUUGAUCAAGUUAACCAGGUGGCAUUACCAAAUAUCCCGGAAUUUGCAGCUGUGGAUCUUUUGUCUUCAUAUACCGAUUAUUUGCUUGAUAACUACCAAGUUGUCUUCCAGACUGGCUCUGCAUGUUCACACCAAAGUGAUGACACGUGUGACAACACAGAUGCCCAAAAAAAGAAUCAGACCAAAGUUGAUAUUACAUGGAUCCUUCUGAUUCGCUACUUUAUUCACUUACAAAGAAUUAAUAAUAUGAGCAAACUGUUAGCAUCUGCGAAGGCUGGAUCUGAAGUUUCUUUGCCAGAUGAUACGUUGCUCACCUCCCUUUUCAACUCUGGGUUGAUUUUACGCCAAAGAGAAAUGCAUUUUUUCCUGAAAAAGUUUUUACAGAUGUAUUCUUCUUCUUGUAUUGAAGAAUUCCCAAAAGAACUUUUUCAAGGAUUAGAAAGGCUACCUCUUUCAGAAAAAAUCUUAUAUGACUCAUCAGUCAAGUUAUGUCGUGAGAUUUCUCUACACUCUGUUUUAUCUUCAAGGCUCCUUGCCAGCCCAUCUUUCACAGAUGUGUUGUCAUCAGGCAUGGCAAUACAAGCUAUAAACAAAGAACUUUGUUUUCAGUGGUACAUUCCUCCCCUGGAAGGACCUCCUAAGGAAGCAGAACCCAUGGUACGGGUUAUUUCAGUUCAUGAGAAACUAUCUAAUCUUGUGCAAAUAGCUGAAAUAUCAUUGCCAACAGUUCCUGAAAUUUCUUCAGAUGAAGAAGUAACUGAAAUAAAAGAAACAGAAAAGAAAUCAAUUGAUAAAGAAAUGGAACCUCCUACUUCUAGUUGCCAGGAGUUAAACCUAGUGAGCUCCUUCCUAAAAAGCGUCAAGAAGUACCGAGUAUUGUUAGAACGCUGGAGUUCUCAUUUCUGCAUUCCAGGUCAAAAGCCCACAGGCAUACCUGACAAAGCCCUUCAGGAGGGAACCUAA